GUUCUUCAGGUGGACAGUACAGUAUUGUAGUGAUGGCUCUUCAUGUACUAGCAUCGAUGGGAGAUCUAUGGAGAAGGUACGCGCCGCACAAUCUGAUGAUACUGUCGCAGCUGUGCUACACGCUCAUGUACUUCAUCACCGAGGCCGCGUUCAACAAGGGGCUCAACCCUUUCAUCUACGUCACCUACCGGCAUCUCGUUGUCGCCGUCUUCCUCGCGCCUUUCGCCUACUACCAAGAGAAGAAACUGAGGCCGAGAAUGACGUUGAUGCUGUUUCUGGAGAUCUUCGUGCUCUCACUUCUAGGGGUGAGCCUAACUCUGAACAUGUACUUCGCGAGCUUAAUGUACACAUCCCCAACCUUUGUCACGUCCGUGGUGAACACCGUCGCCUCGAUCACGUUCGUCAUCGCCAUCGUCGUCAGGAUGGAGAUCGUCGACGUGAGGAGCAUACGAGGGCUCGCGAAGGUCGCCGGGACGGUGGUGUCGUUCGCCGGGGUGACCACCAUGACCCUGUACAAAGGCACCGCGAUAUCGAGCCCCUGGAAGGCGCCGAUCAGCAUACACGGCGGCGGCGGCGGCGGCGGCGUGCAUGAGAGCUGGCUCAAGGGAUCGUUCCUCGCCGUCGCCAGCUGCAUCUGCUGGUCCAUCUGGUACAUCCUGCAGGCUUCGUCGUUGAAGAGGUACCCAGCCCAGCUGUCACUGACAGCAUGGAUGUGCACUGUGGGAGGAAUACAGUCUGCUGUCUUCACAGCGUUCAUGCAGCACAAGCCGGAAGAUUGGCGCAUAGGCUUCGGCCUCAAGUUCUGGUGCAUCGUCUACUCUGGAUUCGCCUGCAAUGGCUUCACGGUCUUCGCUCAGCUAUGGUGCACCGAGAAGAAGGGCCCCGUCUUCGUCACCAUGUUCAACCCUCUCUCCACGAUCAUGGUGGCCAUCCUGGCCUACUUCAUGUUUGGUGAAAAUCUAUACGUUGGAAGCAUAAUCGGAGGAGUGGUUGUCAUACUCGGCCUUUACAUGUUGCUGUGGGGGAAAGACAAGGAUCAGGAAUACAACGCGAACAAACAGCAGGAAUCCGAUCUGGACUGCGAGAAGCAGGCGAGGAUCACCGAAUUUUCUGCGGCGCAGAAUGACCAGGAGGAGCCGAGGAGGACGAAGAAGUAAAAAAGGGAUCAGAUUCAGUUGGUGCUCAGGAAGAAGCAACGCCGUUAAAAUUCUGUACAUUAUGGUUUUCUGAUUUGGCCUCUGGUGAACACAGAUUUUCCACUGCCUCUUACCACAAGUCCACGACUCUUCAACGGGUCGUGUGACUUGUGACAAACGUCUGUCACAAAGUUCAGAGCUGUGUUGCAAACUUGCAAUGUGUUUCUUGUUCUUCUGAAUUCUGAUUGGUCCCUUCUGUUGUAAUCAGCCAGUUUGGUUGAUUUGUCUUAUGAAUUAUGACGGGCCAAUUCUACUAACUGGUGUAGCAGUAGCACUUAGCAGUGUGGGUUGGGCCAGCAACAUUCCAACUUCAGAUCAUAUACCUGAGCUACUUGUAAAAUGGGCCAAUUUAUCAGCAGUGCUAGCUAGUAUAGUACUGAAUAUAUUAGACUUUAUCUUUUGUUUCCU